CAUUCGAAGUUUCCCAUUUACGAGCGUAUGUAUCAGUUUAUGACCUCGCAAAAAGGCCUGAUGAUGAAUAGCACGGUCGAGGCGAUCGAACGGGUUAGACGCGAAGAAUAUGCGUUCCUGCUCGAAUCCACAAUGAACGAGUACUAUCGACAAAGAGAUUGCGAUUUGAUGCAAGUGGGCGGUCUGUUGGAUUCCAAGGGUUAUGGAAUCGGACUUCCUAGUGGUUCCAAAUAUAGAGAUCCAAUCUCGGAAACAAUCCUGAAACUGCAGAAGCAACAAAUUUUGGAUAAUCGACGUCAUUUCUGGUGGGGACAACACGAUAUAAAGGUCAAAUGCGAUGCAUCUACCGGGAAAAGUUCCGAUACUAGUUCGCUUGGCAUGGAAAAAGUUGGUGGUUGUUUUGUCAUGCUUCUGAUCGGGAUGGGUGCAUCUUUACUGAUCAGUCUGUUGGAGUUUAUUUACAGCUCAUAUCAACGUGUCCGAGUGAACAAGGUGAGCCGAUAUCCUUAUGUGCCACUAGCACUAUUCGCUUCAAUCUGUCGAAGGUGA